ACACACACAGCUGGAGCUCACGCUCAGUGUAACAGGAAGCGCACGCAGUAGCUGGGCUUCUCUCUCUCUCUCUCUCUCUCUCUCUCUCUUUCUUUGUCUAAAGCUCCGUAAAGCCGCAGGUGAAGCUGGAGGCCAGCGUGCAUCUCUCUCCUCAGUAUGAGCGCAGUGGCAGAGAAAGACAGCCGCCUCCAUGGAGCGAUGAACUGGCCCAAAUGUCCCGACACAUCUACACUCGACACAGGACAAACGACGGAGCUUCUAAAGCCGUCUUUCAGAUCAACAGAGGCACAUAUUCCCGCCGCAGCCGUCUCAAGAGGUCCGAUGGCAGCACUACUUCCACCAGCUUCAUCCUCCGACAGGGUUCAGCUGAUUCCUACACGAGCAGGCCAUCUGACUCAGAUGUGUCUCUGGAGGAAGAGCAGGGCGGCCGCCAGGAGAGAGAGCAGCAGGCCAUGGUGCAGCUGGAGAGGGCUAAGGCCAAAGCAGUGGCAUUCGCUGUGAAGACAAACGUCAGUUACUGUGGUGCUCUGGAUGAGGAUGUUCCUGUUGCUGGAACUGCCAUUUCUUUUGACACUAAAGACUUUCUCCACAUCAAAGAGAAGUACAACAAUGAUUGGUGGAUUGGGCGACUGGUAAAGGAGGGGUGUGACAUUGGUUUCAUCCCCAGCCCUUUAAAACUGGAGAAUAUCCGCCUUCAGCAGGAGCAGAAAAGAGGACGCUUCCAUGGGAAGUCCAGUGGGAAUUCCUCUUCCAGCCUUGGAGAGAUGGUGUCAGGCACAUUUAAAACUAAUCCUCCUUCUGCAGCUAAACCCAAACAGAAAGUGGCUGAGCAUGUUCCACCAUAUGAUGUUGUCCCCUCCAUGAGGCCAGUGGUUUUGGUUGGUCCUUCAUUAAAGGGAUAUGAGGUGACAGAUAUGAUGCAGAAAGCACUUUUUGACUUCCUGAAACACAGGUUUGAUGGCAGGAUAUCUAUUACAAGAGUGACAGCAGACAUCUCACUAGCAAAGAGAUCUGUGCUCAACAACCCAAGCAAGAGAGCUAUUAUUGAAAGAUCCAACACCAGAUCAAAUUUAGCGGAAGUUCAGAGUGAGAUCGAGAGGAUCUUCGAGCUGGCUAGAUCUCUGCAGCUGGUUGUUCUGGAUGCUGAUACGAUCAACCACCCAGCCCAGCUCAUUAAGACCUCAUUAGCACCCAUUAUUGUGCAUGUCAAAGUGUCUUCUCCUAAGGUCUUGCAGCGGUUGAUCAAAUCACGUGGGAAAUCACAGAGCAAGCACCUCAAUGUACAGUUAGUGGCUGCAGACAAAUUGGCGCAGUGUCCUCCAGAAAUGUUUGACAUUAUUUUGGAUGAAAACCAGCUAGAGGAUGCAUGUGAACAUCUGGCUGAGUACCUGGAAGCCUACUGGCGGGCAACACACACGUCACUGAGCACUCCACUCAACCCUCUGCUCGGACGCAACCUGGGCUCCACUGCUCUCGCACCCUACCCCACAGCCAUCUCCACUCUGCAGCAGAGCCAAAGAAAUAGAAACAAGAAUCAUUCCAGAGAUCAUUCUCCGAUUGAGAGGCGCAGUCUGAUGACUUCAACUGAAAACUACCACAACACUGAGCGUCAACAGAAGAGCCGGGAGCAAUGGCCACUGGUGGAGGAGGAUUACACCGACCCAUACCAGGACACAUACAAACCACACCGGAGCCGUGGCUCUCCAGGGGGAUACAGCAACGACUCCCACCACAGAACCUAAAUUCAGCUUCUACUCCCUCUACUGUCAUCGUCUGAGUCCUUUUCUGAAGCAUAGUACCUUGUAUUCCCUCUUGCACUGGUUCUCACCAAUGAGGAAAGAUUGGGGCACAUUUGCUUGAAUUAUAUGGCUGUAAAAUGUUUGUCAGAGAAAUUUGAGAUACAGUAUUCUGCAUUUCAAAAUAUCUCACUAAGGGAAAGUAUGAGCCUGGAUGGCCAAAAAAUGAAAUGCUGUCCCUCCGGUAAAUCAUCUCUAAGGAUUCAGGUCAUAAGAAUUCUGUGUCUUGUAGGUAAGUUCUCUGUGCAUUUGCAGGGACAGGUGAUGAAGCAGGGUGGCUCAGGUCAAGAUAGGGAUAUGGCACAAUGCCAAAACACUUUUGCACGUAUUUAAUAAUGACUAGAAAUAGAGCGCACAAUUUAAGAGCAAUCCCAGUGUAUGGCAUUUGUUCAUGUGGUGUCAGUUUUGAUUGAGAGUACUCGGAGAGCUGCAAGGAACAGGACAUUUAAUGGAUAUAAAAAUCUACAUGCACCUGUUAAAUUGCUGUGUUUUGGUAUAUAAAAAAAUAAACCAAGAUACAACAUAUCAGAUCUUUUUCCACUUUUAAUGUAAAAUAGCAAGCAACAAAAUCAAAGUGAAAAAAAAAAAUAAGAUAUUGGAUAAGUGCACACACUUUUCUAAUGGGGCAUGUAGCUCUGCUCAGAAUGAACCAAUCAUAGUUAAACCCGUGUGUAAAAUUAAUUAUGAUGCAUGUGUCAGCAAUUAAGUCAUUCUCAUUAACCCCCCAAAAAGAUCAGCUGUUUCUGUAGGAUUUUCUCAACGUUUCUUUGGUUUUGUCCAACUGCCAAAGCCAUGGCGGGCAUAGAGCUUACAAAGCAUGUACAGAAUCUCAUUAUUGAAAGCUAUCAGUCAGGAGAGGGUACAAAAGUGUUUCCUAAACAUUAAAUGUACCAUGGAACACAGUGACAUUACCAAGAACAGGGUGCCCCUCCAACACUGAAGUAAUGACAUAAAGAAAACAUAUCAGAAAGGCUGCAAAGAGACCUUUUAAAGGAGCUGCAGGAAUAUCUGACAAGUACUGGUGACUUCCGUCAAAAAUCUUUCAUAUAUGUCUGCCAUGGGGUAGGGUGGGUUAAGGGAAGCCCUUUUCUCACAUUGGAAAACAUACAACCUGAAUCCUCUUGCAUUUUGAGACAUCUGGAGCAUUUUCCCCAUAAAAAGUACCAAAUCAAAGUGUGCUAUAAUGGACUCUUACCCAAAAAGCCUGACUGCUGUUUGACAAGCAAAAUCUGCUUUAACAUAAAUAGUGUUAGGUAAAGAGUGAGCACACUUAUGCAACCUGGAUUCUCUUUCAUUUCUGUUUCUAGGGACUAGAUGCAGUGGCAAUUGGUUUAUUACAAGAAACAGUUAGUGUGAAAACAAAAAACAUAUACAGGAAACACAUACAGACAUGACAAAACCUUGACAAAGAAACACUGAAUCCAGAACCUCAACUUUAGCAAGGCCCUUAAUGCUCAGUUGCUCAGUUGUAUAAAAUGGGUGCUAAUUAGGCGCAACAGGAGACAAGUGUGUGAUAUGCUAGGGCUGAUGGGUAAUGUUCUGUGCCAUUACUAGUUCAAACAUUAAAAUUUUGUUGCUUGCUAUAUCAUAAAAGGUGGAAAAAAUGGGAUAUGCCAUUAUUUAUAUUGAUUUAAUGAUAACAGGAUACUGAAAAAUGAGCCAUGUGUAGCAUCCUGACACAGACAUAUUAUUUUAGUAUCAUAGAAAAGACUGUGGUCUCAUUUGAUAGUAAUAGUACAUUAUGUAAUGCAAUUACACAAUGGGUAUGUCUUUAAAGUAAAAUGGAGUUAAAACAAAGAUUUAAAUGGGUAGAAAACAAGAAAACUAGAUGUAAAUAGAAUUAAAAUGAUAUUUUGUAAUGAGCGAAAAUGUAUGUUUACCCUCUUAAUUCUGUCAGAUUUGUCUAUAGAGUAAGUUAAGGAAGCAAUACAUAGAUUUAUAAUCAAUUAUCUAAAAUGUGGAUGCACCGAUAACGUUGAUAUAGAAGUAAAUAUUAAUAUUAGGGUAAAUAUUCAGUGUCGGUAAAUGGUGUCCUAGAACUUCUGGAAAUGUUUGUAUUAUCUGCAGUGGCUGUUUUGUGGCUGUAGUUUCUUAUGCCAUGGGCAGCAUUAUUUACUGCAGUGCUAAUGUACUAGUAAUAUACAGUUCACAAGGUUGACACAGAGCUCUUUAAGAUCAGAUAUUAGCUUGGAAGAGUGUCCCCUGUUUUAUGGUGUGUGUUGUCUUUGAACAAUAUACAUGCAGGUAGGCUCUCAGUUGUACAGUGACAGAUUAUACUGAAAGCUUUAUCCACUAAGACGACAUCCACUAAAACAGUUUCCAAACCUGAGCCAAUUCAAUGCAGUGCAGUUGAGUAAAGUGUCCUUACUGUACUACUGCUGCCAGCCCCAUUCUGCCAGGCCUUUAGCAUUAUAAAACCCAUUAGUUUACAUCCGGCAUUUUGCUGAAUAGUGUAGGAAAGAACAGUAUACUUUCCAUUCAGACACAUUUUUCAUUCAUUAGAAAAACAAAACAAAACAAGAAUGUUGAAUCAAGCCAUCUAUACACAUAAUCCACAAUAUGUUUCAGUGAGAUGGCUCUGUAUUUGUUUUAUAUUUAUUUGUUUUUAUUAAGUUAAUAAGAAAGAAGUACAUUAACGCAAACAAGUCCAUGGUGCUUAACACCUUGUUUCGCUGUCUGAUUUUUGUGUCAUAUAAGAAAAAAACACUUUCUAUGAAGGCAUAGAAGAAAUACAUUCAUAACCUGCAUUCAUAAGGCAUUUUUAGAAUCAUUUUCGAACCUGCAUUACAUUUUAUAGCAGUGGUUAUAAUGCAUUUUUAAGCUUAGAUUAUGUGGAGCUGUAGAGACAAUGACUAUAAAGAUAGCUGUAAAGUGUCAUGCAUUUUCAUAAAAGAUAACAAUGAGGUUUAUAAUGUCUUAUGAGUAGAUUAUGAAAUGAUGUGUGUAUGUGGGUGAACAUGUGUACAUGCUUUUUAACUGUGAUCUUCAUAGAAAGUGUUAAAAUUUAGAUUCAUACACUGUAUAAAUGUAUCCACCACACUUAGUGGGUCCCCACCACACACACACACACACACACUUCACUUAUUUAGUUAUUUAUGUAUACAUUCUAAAUGUUUCAAUUGAUAUGUGAUUGUAUGUCUGUUAUGUAUUGUAGCUAAUGCUCAGGGUCUUUACAAUAUCGUGCCGUCAGGUUGUGACAUUUUUUUCAUUUUUUAGUUCCAGUUUUACUUUGUAAAUUUACAAGGUCAUAUCACACAGUGUAUAUUGUUGUUUCAUCUGCUACACCAAAUCAUGUUUUUUUCAAGGAAGUACGACAACGCCUUAAAUUGGACACCACAAUCAUAAUCAUAGUUUAGAGUAGUAUAGAGUAGUUUAAUUUAAUGGUCUUGAUAUAAUCGAUAUAGGUUUAGUUUAUAAUGAUGUUGAACGAUGUAGACACAUUUCACUCAUUGAGGUGACAAAUUAUUUUUCCCUCAUUUAUGAGUCCAGUAAAACCAUCUUUACCCUGGUAAGUUCCCCCCUGAAAGAGAUUUUAUUUGUUCUGCUAUGGCUGAUGUGAUGCAGAUUCACAAGGAUUGUUAGUAAUAAAAUGGAUAUUUAUGUAAUCAAGAAUAAAUGGCGACCAUUUACUAUGCAAAUGUGUAGAGUGCUGCAUGCUGACGCUUUACCUCCCAUUUUCUUUGGAGUUCAGUUGAAAUUUUGGCAUUAUUUAUCGGCAGGAUGGCAUCUGAGAGCAAUGCAAAACUGCAUGCAUUCUAUUCACUUUGAUUCAGUCUAAUUAAGAAAGAGUGUGUUUUGGAAUGUGGGAGAAUAUAUGUGUAAAAUCAGAUCAAGCUGUUUCCUUUUAUAAAAAUAAAUGGACCUAUAUGAUCUAGAAAGCUUUGAUGUGAUUUAAUACUGGCUUUUCUUUCAUCUCAGCACUGACCACCUGCAUUGUUUGAACAGUUUCCAAGCUGGUUCUGAUUGGUCAUAGCCUGCCUGUGUGGACUCGGUGUGCCAGUUCCUAUAUUAAGCCUGUGUGUCAGUGAAAUUCUGUGACAAAUCAAUCCAAAUAUAAACGACUAGCUUUGCUUUCAUCUAUUCUGGGUAUGUUGCUAAAAAUGCCAUUUUAUCACUCAUCCUCCUCCUCGAUUUUAUUCCUUGCAUUUAAUUCAGGCACCACCUACUGCUAGGUCUUGGCUAAUGUGUAUCUUGCUUCCACAUGGCUGCAACAAAUGUUGACUCUGAGCCUGUAAGUGAACAAAGCAUCUGGGCCCGUCUACUUAUCUUUGUUCAUCUUUGUGCAUUUAUUCAUUUGUCCUUAUACAGGCAGCCAUGAGAUGUUUAUGUUACACCCAGUAUGCAAUGGUAAAGAUUAGACACAUGAUCACUGAGCUGAGAGCCAUAAAUUAAUAAUGUUGAUAAGAAUUAUAUUGACAAAUGCGAAAGUGAUGUUAUCACUGCCUUUCCAUGUACAUGUUCAGUACAUGUUCUUACAAGACAUUGAGCAGCAUGUUUUAUCACAUUAUAUUAUCUUGUGAAGUAUUAACACUUUCUUGCUGAUCUCACGGGCCAGACUUCACUCCCCCCGUGCAUCAGUGAGCCUUGGAUGCCCAUGACCUUGUUGCCGGUUCACCACUGUUUCUUCCUUAGACCACUUUUGAUAGAUACUGACCACUGCAGACCGGGAAUACCCCACAAGAGCUGCAGUUUUGGAGAUGCUCUGAUCCAGUCGUCUAGCCAUCACAAUUUGGCCCUUCUUCAAACUCGCUCAAAUCCUUACACUUGCCCAUUUUUCCUGCUUCUAACACAUCAACUUUGAGGACAAAAUGUUCACUUGCUACCUAAUAUAUCCCACCUACUAACAGGUGCCAUGAUGAGGAGAU